AUGCAGAAAUACGAGAAACUGGAGAAGAUUGGGGAAGGUACCUAUGGAACAGUGUUCAAGGCCAAAAACCGGGAGACUCAUGAGAUCGUGGCUCUGAAGCGGGUGAGACUGGAUGAUGAUGAUGAGGGAGUGCCGAGUUCAGCCCUUCGGGAAAUCUGCUUACUCAAAGAGUUGAAGCACAAGAACAUUGUCAGGCUCCAUGAUGUCCUGCAUAGUGACAAGAAGCUGACUUUGGUUUUUGAGUUCUGUGACCAGGAUCUGAAGAAGUAUUUUGACAGCUGUAAUGGUGACCUGGACCCUGAAAUUGUGAAGUCAUUCCUCUUCCAGCUGCUAAAAGGCCUGGGAUUCUGUCACAGCCGCAAUGUGCUGCACAGGGAUCUGAAGCCCCAGAACCUGCUCAUAAAUAGGAAUGGGGAGCUAAAAUUGGCUGAUUUUGGAUUAGCCCGGGCCUUUGGGAUCCCUGUUCGUUGUUACUCAGCUGAGGUGGUCACGCUGUGGUAUCGCCCACCGGAUGUCCUCUUUGGGGCCAAGCUGUACUCCACGUCCAUCGACAUGUGGUCAGCCGGCUGCAUCUUUGCAGAGCUGGCCAAUGCAGGGCGGCCCCUCUUCCCUGGCAAUGACGUAGACGACCAGCUGAAGAGGAUCUUCCGGCUGCUGGGGACGCCCACGGAGGAGCAGUGGCCCGCCAUGACCAAGCUGCCGGAUUAUAAGCCCUACCCUAUGUACCCAGCCACCACGUCCCUGGUGAACGUCGUGCCAAAGCUCAACGCCACAGGGAGGGACCUGCUGCAGAACCUCCUCAAGUGCAACCCUGUGCAGCGCAUCUCAGCAGAAGAAGCCCUGCAGCAUCCCUACUUCUCUGACUUCUGUCCACCUUAA